CAAAAGCCGUCUCCCGUAUGGAGGGUCUGGCUUCCCGCAUCCCGGCGCCUCUUCCCUCCUCCUCCCUCCGCGCCUGAGUUCUGCGCGGCCCUCCAUCCCCAGCGGCAACCCGCAGAAAAAAACACAACCACCAUCCCCAAACCAAGGGCUCCCCGCCUUCUCCUUCCUCCCCCCAAAAGCCAGGCUUUCCCCUCGCUCUUUCUCUCUCUCUUUUUUUUUUUUUUCUUCUCUGUGUGUGUGUGUACUGAAUUCCCCGCAGAUCCGGCCUGGAAGUUCUCCGCUCCUGGAGUUAAGCCUCUUUGUUGCUUCCCUUCGUUUGGGGCAUCUUUGUGUUUCCCCCGCCUGCUCCGCUGGAGACCGCGGAAUCCACUGCCGCAAAUCCAGUGCAUCUCCUGAGACAGCUUAUGGGACCCUUCCCUGGGCGCCCCAGGACACACCGCAUGGGAUGGCAAUGACACGUGGAAAGAAGAGACCCAUGGCCCCCAUCCCUUGCCUGAUCCUUGCAGCUGCCAGCUGUUUUGCCAAACUGAGUGAAUCUCUGCAGGUCACAGUGCAGCCUGCCUCCAUUGUCCAAAAGCUUGGGGGAUCAGUCAGCCUGGGGUGUGUGGUGGACCCCCCCAGAGUGAACCUCACCUGGAGGCUGAACGGGAAGGAGCUGCCUGGAUCAGAUGAGGUGCUGGGCAUCCACAUCGAGCGAGGGAAGCUCAUCAUCGCAUCUCUCACCAACCGCACUGUGGGCCGCUACCAGUGCAUCGCUCGUGUGCCCGAGGGAGUCAUUGCCAGUGUCCCUGCAGUGGUCACAUUAGCCAAUCUUAAAGAUUUCAAGUUUGAUGGCCAGCACGUGAUUGAGGUGGACGAAGGGAACACAGCUGUGAUCGCCUGCGACCUGCCCGAGAGUCACCCCAAGGCUCAGGUCCGCUACAGUGUGAAGCAAGAGUGGCUAGAGGCCUCCCGAGACAAUUACCUUAUCAUGCCAUCUGGGAACCUUCAGAUCGUCAACGCCAGCCGAGAGGAUGAGGGGACGUACAAGUGCGCUGCCUACAACCCCGUGACACAGGAGGUGAAAACCUCUGUCUCCAGCGAGAGACUGCGUGUGAGACGCUCCACGGCAGAGGCAGCUCGGAUCAUCUACCCUCUCGAAGCUCAGACCAUCAUCGUCACCAAGGGCCAAAGCCUCAUCCUGGAGUGCGUGGCCAGCGGGAUCCCCCCGCCACGCGUCACCUGGGCCAAAGACGGCUCCAGCGUCUCAGCGUACAACAAGACACGUUUCCUGCUCAGCAACCUCCUGAUUGACCCCACGAGUGAGGAGGACUCAGGCACCUACAGCUGCACAGCUGACAAUGGGGUCGGGGAGGCCGGAGCCGCCUUUAUCUUCUACAACGUGCAGGUGUUUGAGCCCCCAGAAGUGACCAUGGAGCUGUCCCAGCAGAUCAUCCCAUGGGGCCAGAGCGCCAAGUUCAGCUGCGAGGUGCGCGGGAACCCACAGCCAUCGGUGGUGUGGCUGCGCAACGCCGCCCCACUGGCGGCCGGGCCGCGGCUGCGCCUGUCGCGCAGGGCCCUGCGUCUGCUCAGCGUCGGGCCCGAGGACGACGGCAUCUACCAGUGCAUGGCGGAGAACGAGGUUGGCAGCGCGCAGGCCAUGGCACGGCUGAGGACGGCCCGCCCAGGAGCUACACUCAACCCUGGGCGAGAUGCCCAGCUGGGCUCAGCUCAGCCUCCAACACCACCGCCCAGGGACAGUGCCUUAAAGCUGCCCCUGGAUAAAGCCGGACUGCCAAAGCCUGGGACGACCCCGCUGGCAGCAUCUCCUCAGUGUAUGGCCACCAGGGAGCUAGUGUCUCCAGCCGAGGCCCCCAUCAUCCUCAGUUCUCCCCGGACCUCCAAGACGGACAGCUACGAUCUGGUGUGGAGACCCCGGCCCGAGAGCAGAGCCCCCAUCCUCUAUUAUGUGGUGAAGCAUCGCAAGGUACCGCUGUUUCGCCCUGCUCCCAUCUUCCCUCUGCGCCCUUCCACAGGCGGGCCGGUGGCCUCACUGCACGUUGUCACACCUCACGAGCAGCAGGUCACCAACGCCUCGGACAGCUGGGCAGUGAGGGAUGUCCCAGCCUCUCAGCACCGCCUGACUCUCACCAGGCUGGACCCUGGGAGCCUCUAUGAGGUGGAGAUGGCUGCUCACAACUGUGCCGGCGAGGGACAGACGGCCAUGGUCACCUUUCGCACCGGCCGGCGCCCUAAACCAGAGAUUGUUGCCAGCAAAGAGCAGCAAAUUCAGAGGGAUGACCCAGGCACGAGCACCCAGAGCAGCAACCAGUCCGACAACAGCCGCCUGUCCCCUCCAGAGGCACCGGACCGUCCCACCAUCUCCAUGGCCUCGGAGACAUCUGUGUACGUGACCUGGAUCCCCCGUGGGAACGGCGGGUUCCCCAUCCAGUCUUUCCGUGUGGAAUACAAGAAAUUGAAGAAGCUGGGAGACUGGGUCCUGGCCACCAGCGAUAUUCCUCCCUCUCGCCUCUCUGUGGAAAUCCCAGGCCUGGAGAAAGGUGUGUCCUACAAGUUCCGUGUGCGGGCACUGAACAUCCUGGGUGAGAGCGAGCCCAGCGCCGCGUCCCGGCCCUACGUGGUCUCUGGGUACAGCAACCGCGUCUACGAGCGCCCCGUGGCCGGACCCUACAUCACCUUCACCGAUGCCAUCAAUGAGACCACCAUCAUGCUCAAGUGGAUGUACAUCCCAGCCAGCAACAACAACACUCCCAUCCACGGUUUUUACAUCUACUACCGCCCCACCGACAGCGACAAUGACAGCGACUACAAGAAGGACGUGGUAGAAGGAGAUCGGUACUGGCACUCCAUCAGCCACCUGCAGCCAGAGACCUCCUAUGACAUUAAGAUGCAGUGCUUCAAUGAGGGUGGAGAAAGCGAGUUCAGCAACGUGAUGAUCUGUGAAACCAAAGCUCGGAAGUCUCUUGGUCUGCCAGGUCGUCUUCCACCCUCCACGGUGCCCCCCCAGCAGCAGCCCCCACUCAGUGGUGGGCACAGUGGCCUGGGGGCAGGAGCCAUGGUGGCCCGUUCCAGUGACUUGCCAUACUUGAUUGUAGGCGUUGUGCUGGGCUCUAUCGUACUCCUCAUCGUGGCUUUCAUCCCAUUCUGCCUUUGGAGAGCCUGGUCCAAGCAGAAGCAAACCAUUGACAUGGGCUUCCCAGGAGCUGGGCUGCUGGUGUCAUCCUGCCAGUACACCAUGGUACCUCUGCGGGGCAUCUCUGCCCCCCGUGCCAGCGGCCACCCCUAUGUGAGCGGGCAGCCCUACGCCAGCGGGGCACACCUCAAUGCCAUCUGCCCCCCUGCAGCGCUUGGCUUCCCCGGCAGCAAGCCCCGAGACUACAGCCCCAACCAGGUGCCACCGUCCCAGGAGGAGACCAGCGCCUUGCUGCAGGCGCGAGUGCUGCAGAGCGGGACUGUCCAGCGAGACUGCCAGCCUUCCAGAUUGCCCAACUCAAGAACAGAAGACAGCUCUUUCCUCUACAGUCUCCCAGAUGACUCCACUCACCAGCUUCUUCAGCCACAAGAUGACUGUCCUCACUUUCACGAGCACUUUGUUGGCCUCCAUCACCCGGUGAGGGGCAGCAAAGUGGGAGGCCCCAGCCUGGAUACGCGACGGGAUCCCCUGUUCCACCAAGGAAGCCCUUGCUGCCUCGGCCUGGUGCCAGUUGAAGAGGUAGAAAGGCUAGAUUGCUGCCAGUCCAGAGGAGAUGUCCAGCCCCAGAAUCCAGCGAUCGCAGCUGUGAAUCAGGACCUACCAAAACACCUCAACAGCAGCCCGCCACCGCUCAGGCCCUCAGAGACUCAUUGUCCCAGCAGCUAGGGACCGAGUUGCCUUUUGCAAAAGACUUACUCUAAAGAGAAAAAUAGAAUGGGUAUUUAUUUUUGUAUAACACUCCUAUUUAUAUAUUUAUGCACUUGUAUAUAGAUGUAUAUGUUCCUUUUAUAAUGCUAUGGAGACAGAAGGCAUCCUCAGCAAGGUCACAGGAGGGCCCAAGGAGCAGGCAGCUACCUUUGGCACCAGGCUGUUCAUCGGAGCACAAGAUUGCAACAGCAGCACAAGAGUCCAAAGAGAGCUGCCACCACCACGAUCCAGCGCCCUCCUGCAGCGAGGGCUUCACAAGAGACAACGCUGUCGCAAAGGUCUUUUCCUCUCCCCCCAAGGAAGGUUUGUCCCGGGAACAUGCUCCUGGGAACAGACUGGAGUUAUGCACUCUGCCUGAUCAACUUAAGCCACCCUUCCCAUACACGCCAGCUGCAGCCGCCCAUCUGUAAAGACAAAACCCAUGCUUUAACAUCUAAAA